AUGACUCUGGUGGUAGACCAUAGUGGCCGCUUGCACACCAAGCACAAAUGCACCAUGAAAGAUCUGAUCGCCCACUCUGAGGUUAUCCUGGUUGGGGUGGAGGGCCUAUGUGGGAAAGCUCGUUUGAGUGUCUACACCAUGCAGAAGGCAAUACUCCAGUUCUACAGCCAAUGCAAACUCUUUCCAUCAGGUGUGGUAAGUGAAAUCCCGGCUGUCCAAGAUUGGGCCAUGAAGAUGUCCAUAGCCAUCGCAAAGAUGGUAUCGAGAUUGCGGAGGCUGAUGAAACGGUCAUCAGGUUCGAAGCACAAGAAGUUGACAGAUUUGAAGACGGCAGCUCGUGUCAGGGGUUGGGAUCACGUUUGGCCUGAUGUGAAGUCGAACACGAACAAAACCACCCGAGUGGUCACUGAGACCGCACAAGUUGUUGACGUGAAGGGAAUAGUAGUCAGAUGUGCCCUUCACGCGUUUGUCUCCGUCACCCCGUCUUCCCUAUUUUUACAAGUAGUCCCGGUUCCAUGCCCAGGCGAAGAACCUUGGUGA